UGCUGGGUGUCAAAGGUGACCCAUGGUGUGGUCGUGAGGAGCCCCUGCAGCACCUGCUGGGCUGUGGCAGAGGAGGCUGUGUCUGGGGUGGGACGGAGAAACGAAACGUGACUGAGAUCCUGUUUGGAUAUUCUGCUGAAGUUGUCACGUUUCUGUCCAGUACAGCAGUUCACACAGCAAGUUGAUAAACCCAGUUGUAGUUUUCGGUGAUGCAAGGUGUUUGCCUCACAAGUAGACCUUGGGUGAUGUGGCUUGGCUGAGAAUGUUUGGGAUAUCCCAAGCAUCUGUCUCCAGCGUAUCUCCUUGGCUGGCUCAUCUUUUUCUCUAUUCUAGUAUGGGAAUAAUGUUGCGGUAUCACAGGCCUGAUACCGAGAAGUGUUUUCAAAAGAGCACAGGUCCAGGUGGGCAGCUCACAUGGUUGAGAGAGGGGGAGAAGAGGAAAAAAAAUCCAUCUCUGGUUUAGUUGUCGAGUCUUCCUGGUUCCUGGGCUCCUGACGGACCCGUGCUGGAGCAGAUGGAUAAUGGAGACUGGGGAUAUAUGAUGACUGACCCAGUCACGUUGAAUGUAGGUGGACACUUGUACACAACGUCCCUUACCACACUGACACGUUACCCGGAUUCCAUGCUUGGAGCUAUGUUUGGGGGGGACUUCCCCACAGCCCGAGACCCGCAAGGCAAUUACUUCAUCGAUCGAGAUGGACCUCUUUUCCGCUAUGUCCUCAACUUCUUACGAACUUCAGAAUUGACCCUCCCUCUGGAUUUUAAGGAAUUUGAUCUUCUUCGGAAAGAAGCUGACUUUUACCAGAUUGAACCCUUGAUUCAGUGUCUCAAUGACCCUAAGCCUUUGUAUCCUAUGGAUACUUUUGAAGAAGUUGUAGAGCUGUCUAGUACUCGGAAGCUUUCUAAAUAUUCCAAUCCUGUGGCCGUCAUCAUAACCCAGUUAACCAUCACCACCAAGGUGCAUUCCCUACUAGAAGGCAUCUCAAAUUAUUUCACCAAGUGGAAUAAGCACAUGAUGGACACCAGAGACUGCCAGGUUUCCUUCACCUUUGGACCAUGCGAUUAUCACCAGGAAGUUUCUCUCCGGGUCCACCUGAUGGAAUACAUUACAAAGCAAGGUUUCACAAUCCGCAAUACUCGGGUGCAUCACAUGAGCGAGCGGGCCAACGAGAACACAGUAGAGCACAACUGGACUUUCUGUAGACUGGCCCGGAAAACAGAUGACUGAUCGCCAGUGCUGGGGAGGACUUCCUGUAAGCUCACGUUUGUCUGGGGACAUGAAAGAGACUGUUCUUGUUUUCUAAAUCAUAGUGUACCCCCUUUUUAAUAUUUGUAUUUAUUUGAAGGCCUCGAGGACCAGAAGGAAGUUCCGUGUGUGAGCAGCCUUCUUGUUUUGUUCCAAAUAUGCAUGUGCCUGUUCAGAGUCUCCAGAAACCUUUUUUAUAAAAAGAGAGCUUGAAAAUCAUUAUGAUAUAUAAUCUACCCUUAACAGUGCUAAAAUGAUUUCUGGUAACGUGGUCCCUAACUCAACUGGAAGGCUAAAAAUACAGUAAUGAAAGAUUAAGCAGAGUAUUCAUGUCUUUGAGGAAAAUGAGAAUAUCAUGUAGGGUGACCUCGAUUCCAGACCAAUAGGCAGUAGUGUAUUAAAGGAAGACUGGCCAAUCACCUGCUGAUCCUUGUAAGGACUGUUUCUUUCUAUGCAUAUAAAUCAAGCAACCAAAUAUCUGUAGCCAUUGAAAUGUCUGACUAGAAAUAUUUAUAUUGGAUUCUCAAUACAAAAUAUCCCUGUGGUAGAAACCUUAUGCCUGGUACAGUUUCAUUCCCAAGUGUACUGUCGACCAGGAAAGCAAAAUCUAAUAAAAAAUGGAGUAUGAACAUUAAGGGUUGUAUUUAUUGCUAUAUAAGGGGAAAGUCAUAUUCUCUGUCAGAAGUAUGCAUUGCUUGUGUCUCAAACUGCUUAUAGCACAUUUGUAAUGGAGUUGCCAGAACUCAGUGGAACCUUAGAUUUUAGUUCAGAAAGCCAGCUGUGCCAUCAGAGAUAAGCAGUUUUGUCUAAAGAGUGCAAAGCCAUGUUCAGAUAGGAUUUUCAGGGAAUAUUACAGGGUUUUCAACAGCCACAGCUAUGACUAGGACUCACUCCAGCUUCUGCUGCAUGUGGGGGACAAAAUGACUCUAGCCAUCUUAUUCUUAUGUAUUGUGGUAGCCACAAAUGUAUGUUUUUGUCAGAUGUAAGUUCAACUCUGAGAAGAAUAAGUUGCAGUGAAGGAUCGGAAAUAAGAGAAAAUGUAUGUACAUUUGCUUAUUUCAUUGUUGUCUUGUUUCAGAGUUGAUAGGAGUCUGUUGCUUGAAAGUUUCUCAUAGGAAGGAGUGUGUUAAUUACAGUGAGACUUUCUAGUUUGUGAACAUCGGAUAAAAAUGUCCCUGCUUUAAGGGAACAGUGGACUUCUUUGGUGUUGGCCCUAUGGCAGACGAAACACUCUUUUCCUCUUCUCUGAGAAGAGAUUCUCCCUUUGAAAGGAAGAUUAAAAUAUUUACUUAUAUAUCUCUUUGAAAAUUUAAGAUUUGACAAAUCACACACACACACACACACACACACACACACGAAACCCAUAAUUAUCUCAUCUUCAAACAAGGAUUCUUCAAUAUUAUUGACAGGUUUCUGUAGUUUCAUUGUAUUGAUGGACAGGUGAGAAGAGGCUACUGUUGGCUUCUGUUGUAAAUUGAUCUGUAGUUUCCUAAUAAAGACCCAGAUCAGUCCUGUGCUAUGGAGCUAGCUGAAGCCAACAUGAAGUAAGAUGAUUUGGGUUCAGAACUCUUGUGGAGGGCUCUUAGUUAAGAGUACUUGUUGCUCUUGUAUAGGAAUUUGGUGCCCAACACCUAUGUCACCAGCUCACAACUGCCUGUAACGCCAGCUCUAGGCAGAUCUGACACCACUGGUUUACACACACACACACACACACACACACACACACACACUUACACUUAAAAUAUAUAUUAUAUAUAAAAUUAUAUAUAUAUAAUUAUAUAUAUACACAUAUAUAUAUAUAUACAUACAUAAAAGUUGUGAAAGUAGGAGUAAUACUAGUUUUAAGUUUAGGAAAAAGGAAAACUUCUGAAUUUUCUUCCUUGUCCCCAUUCUCCCUAAAGGGAAGAUUGCUUUUGGCAAAUUUUCUCUGGUUUACUAAUUAUUAGUAGGUAAAUGAUUGCUUAUUUAAAUAAAAGCAGCCAGCAGGAUUUUUAAGGCUUGUUUGUUUUCUUCCCUCACUCCUGGGGAUUGACCUGGGUAUUAUUCAUGUUAGGUAAGUGCUUGUCACUUAGCUGCAGUCCAUGCUGUAACUGUUUUAUGUUGUUGUGGAGUUGAAAAUGAAAUGAAAAACAUCAUUUGGGGGGCCAGAGAGAUGGCUCAGAGGUUAAGAGCACUGACUGCUCUUCCAGAGGUUAUGGGUUCAAUUCCCAGCAACCACA